AGCGCAGAGUCCGGCCGCUGCAGCCGCUCGGAGCUCUCGGCUGAGGCGCGGAGCGCGGGCCACUGGCGAGCGGGCGAACGGGCGAGCGGAACCGCAGCGGUAGCGGGAGCGGCGGGGGAGCCGGCAGCAGCCGCGCAGGGAGCCCCGAGCGACGCGGCCGACGGUCCUGCAAACUUGGGCGCGCCACGGCGCCCGCCGCCCGAGCGAUGAAGAUGGUCGCGCCCUGGACGCGGUUCUACUCCAACAGCUGCUGCCUGUGCUGCCAUGUCCGCACCGGCACCAUCCUGCUCGGCGUCUGGUACCUGAUCAUCAAUGCUGUGGUGCUGCUGAUUCUGUUGAGCGCCCUGGCUGAUCCAGACCAGUACCACUUUUCAAGUUCUGAGCUGGGAGGCGACUUUGAGUUCAUGGAUGAUGCCAACAUGUGCAUUGCGAUUGCAAUUUCUCUUCUCAUGAUCCUGAUAUGUGCCAUGGCCACUUACGGAGCCUAUAAGCAACGCGCUGCCUGGAUCAUCCCGUUCUUCUGUUACCAGAUCUUUGAUUUUGCCCUCAACACCUUGGUUGCCGUCACUGUGCUUGUUUAUCCAAACUCCAUUCAGGAAUACAUACGACAGCUGCCUCCUAAUUUUCCCUACAGAGAUGAUAUCAUGUCCGUGAAUCCUACCUGUUUGGUCCUUAUUAUUCUUCUGUUUAUCAGCAUUAUCUUGACUUUUAAGGGUUACUUGAUUAGCUGUGUCUGGAACUGCUACCGAUACAUCAAUGGCAGGAACUCCUCUGAUGUCCUGGUUUAUGUUACCAGCAAUGACACUACGGUGCUGUUACCCCCGUACGAUGACGCUGCUGUGAACAGCACUGCCAAGGAGCCGCCACCACCUUACGUGUCUGCCUGAGCCCUCGAGUGUGGGGGCCUGAGAAUAGCAGCUCGAUUUCCAGACGUCAGAGCAAUAGUUCUUUCUUUGCACUUCUGGGAUGAGCUCUCUGAGCUUAUUUGUUGCUGAAAUGCUCCAGUUUUUAAAUGUAGAUGUUAAGUGGAAACCCUCUUUAGUUUUAAGCAUACGCUUCGGCUAGAGCACGGUGAUAGACUCACUGUAGAGUUCUCUGUGUGUGUCGGGGGGCGGGGCUCAGUGGGCUUCCCUUGUCUUCCCCGGGGGUUCCCUAGGCAUUGAACCUUCCCAGCAAUCUGGAUGAGCCCGGAGUCAGAGAAGUCUGGUUUUGUCCCUGCUGGGCCUCAGAGUCAGGGAAUUCAUCACAUUUUUUCUCUGUGUUCCCCCUUAUCUCUUUUGAAAGUGUAAAAUAAAAUCAAAAUUAGAGAAUGCUUUUCUUAAGCCAUUCCAGUAUUUGAACAAACCCUUCAAACCUUAUAGAACAGGCAUAUCAAUUGUGUGAUCAUUGCUCUAAUUAGGGAAAUAGGAGUCCAUAUCUAUAUAAAUAAAACAACAAUUUCCUUAUGAUUCUUUAUGACUUAAAUUCAAUGACAGUUUGUAUUUGCUGUUCAAGGAUUUUGUCCAUGGGCGGAAUUGAGACCCUUCCACAAUCCCAGGCAGUGACCGCGGCCACUCUCCGAUGGCUGGUCUUGAACGCCCCGUGUCUGGGGUCAUGGGGUGGCGUGUCUCGCCUGUGUUACAGUGGUGGAGCGGAUGCGUUUAGUACCGCUUGGUGCUCCCUUCCUCCCGGUUUCCCAUGCGCACCCAGGACCCUUUUCACUAAGGAUUUGCCUGAGAGUAUGAAAAAAGGUUUUCUUCUUCUCUCCCUACAAGGCACAUCCUACCAUUUUGAAAUUCCGAGUGUGCUCAGACACCGGUUCAAAUGUAAAACAGUCUUCAGAAAGAUGAGGAGGGGUGCUUUUCUUGUGGAAUGCUCUUAUCUCGCCUACCUGAAUUUCAAGGAACUUUCAUAUAUUCACAUGGUCAAAAGUCACAGCCCUCCUGUUCAUUUUUGAGCGUGCUGUAAAUGAAGGCUUUGCAAUUAAAGUGAGAUUUGCCCACAUCUGAGAAAGUAACCUUUUGACUCUGUGGUGAUCGUGCCUAGGGACCCUUCCCACCCGCAUGUGGCCGUGCAGACACAGAGUUUGGCCCGAGGAGGCAGCUUUACAGCUUGUUUCACACAUAUGUAUAAAUACACAUUUUUUUCUAUUUUAGUGCUGAUAAAAUCAGAGCAUCUUAGGCCAAGAGAAAUGGAGCCGAACAGACUCGAGCUUCCAACAUUCCUAAACCCCACCCCUGCCAAGCUCUGUGUGCUCAGCUGUUUUGCAUACGAUUGCUUUAUGUCCAUGGUGUACUUUUAAUAAGCAGUUUGGAUUUUACUCCAUUCCAAGGGAGAUUAAAUAAGGGAGGUAGGAGGAGGGGAUUUUCAUCCCGGAGAAUCAGCCUCGGUGAUUUCCUUUGGUAUACCUCAUUAGUAUUCUUUAUAAACUCAACCGAGGAAAUUCUCUUCCUGAAAGCUUUGUGCCCAUAAGAUUCACAGUAAGUUAAUCAUAUUAAGAGGUGUUAGGAAUGGAAGAGGCCUCUCGGACAGUUUCACUGAUCUCUGGAAGGCACACAGGAUAUCACAGUUGCUUGCAUGGACCUCCCUGUGAUUUUCCAGCCCUCUAAUAAUUUUUGUGGUAUGAAAAAUGGCACAUGGUUAAGUGGAAGUGCUGAGUUUGAGUCUGUGUGGCGUCCUCUGAGGGACUAUUGUGCAUGUAAUGCUCAGCCCACACCACAGACGCCAGAAUACCCCUUAAUUCUCAGGGGUCCUAUCUGGAGCUGGCGAGGCGGCCUUUCCUAACCUCUACAGCAUAACCUGGGCUGUGCGCGAAAGCCUCCUCCGCAGUUACCUCUACGGAGUCACGAACUGUCCUCUCAACGCCACCCGAGGGCAGGUUGUGAUGUGUGGAUUAAAAUGACCCUGCAGGGCCCAUUCCAUGACUCAGCAAUUCAUUCUAUUUCAUCACCAAUCCAAUUAAAUACCCCUCUUAACUGUAUUUUAAGUCCAACUUUAAUAUCUGACCCCUUUCUCCUCUAUUUUGCUAUCUACAGUCAUUCCCUCACUUGCCCCCAUGCCUGUACGCCUCUUGGUCACUUUACUGAUGAGAGCACCUCAGGCUUUUUCAUCUUGACCACCCUCCCAAGAUCCUUAUGACCAGAUCUUGGAUAUCCAGCCCAGUGCCAGAAGGUGUGCCAAUGGACCCACCAAGUGGCAGCCCGUGUAGGAGAGUUUUAAGUGUGCUCUCUGGGCCAGAGGGAACAGGAAGCUGACACCUGUUGGCUUAGAUGUGGUCUGUCCACCCUAGGAACUGAGCUUCCACUGAACAAGCUGGUCAGAUUUGCAGAAUGCCCAGCCGUAUGGACGAGUUUUAAGGCCAACAGACUUGCCCACCCCUUCCUGUACCUUCUUCCAACACAAACCUCAUGUGCCGUAUCUCUUCCAAAUCUGGUGUCCUUGUCCCUGCCCCCACCCUGUCUUACUGUUCCCUGAGAAUGCAAGAAACUUUCCCCCUCCCAUCCUUUUUUGCACCACCCUGCCUUUUUUUUAAUUACUCUGUUCUGGCCCUAAAUAUUUGUUUAGUUUGACUGCUUACCCAAACCACUCCUCAUUUCAUGUGUCUUUUCACACUCAGUUCGUUAACAAUACUUCUUAGGAAUGAUCUCACUAGACCAUCUGUAUAGACACUGUCACCAUUAGAGUUGUUUUCUCCAUAGAGGGAUGCAUUGCAUUUGAAAUAGUCAUCCUUUGAGAAUAAAAUCCUGUUGUGCAAACUGAGCCUUUCUGAUCAAGGAAAACUAAUGAGACUGUAAAAACAUUUCCAUUUCUUGAAGAAGAUGUGCCAUUUUUGCAACCCAUCUAGAAACUGAUGUAAAUAUCAUUAAAUAAUAUCGCUGCUGGUUAUGUAGGCAGUCUCUAAUCUUCUGGAGGGGAGAGGGCAGGUGUCUUUGCCAGGGUUUCAAAAGAAUCAUGCAAAAGGACUGCCAGCAUCAAGUGUAGGCUCAGCCCUCGCAGGGCUCCCCACCUUCAGACCUAACAUGCACCAAACACAGUGCCUAGAGCUGUAUAAAAUGGGUUUUUUGGCAGCUCGGACUGAAAGGGAAGGGAAAAGGCUUUGCAAGGAUGUCUCCACACCCAUGGAAUUCACUUAAAAGUGUCUCUGCACACUGGCCAAGUUUUCUGCCAAAUGACUCUGGAGUAUGGAGGCCAACCAGAUCGGUGACCUGCCCAGAAGCCCACACAUGCCUCUUGCUGACUAUAGCACCCAGACAUCAGAAGAGAGAAGCUGUCAUUGGCCAGCCCAGAAAAAAUUACAUCAAGGCAAAAGCCUUAGCACUAAA